GAGUGCUACUGAUCGAGCCCACACGGCAAAAAUGUCUCCUUCACACGUACGUAACUCAUCAACUUAUCUCCCCUAUAAGAGGACACCGAUUUGUUCAUUUCCCUCAAAACUAUCACACAAAAACAUCGCAUACCAAAUUUUGAGGGAGCUUUUACACACAGUUUGUCCAUAACCAUGGCUAAAUGUCACACUAAUGUUUUGCCUAAGGCUUUCUUCGUCGUUGUCUUCUCUCUCGUCACUUGUGGUUUCUUCUUCACUCUCUCAGAAGCUCAGAUGGUUCCGGCCAUAUAUGUGUUUGGAGACUCGUUAGUCGACGUUGGUAACAACGAUUACCUAAAAAUCUCUGUCGUCAAGGCAAAUUUUCCUCAUAAUGGGGUUGAUUAUCCUGACAAAGUAGCAACUGGGAGGUUUGGCAAUGGAAAAAACUCUGCAGAUUUUCUUGCUGAGAAAGUCGGGUUACCCACAUCGCCACCAUAUCUGUCACUUGUUUCCAAGUCCAUCAAGCAAAAAGCAUCCUUCGUCAACGGAGUUAGCUUCGCCUCCGGAGGAGCUGGAAUCUUCAACGGCUCAGAUGAACAAUAUCGUCAGUCGAUACCUUUGUCAUACCAAGUAAACUACUACUCAGAAGUGCAUCAAAACAUUGGGCUACAAUUAGGAUCCAAGGGCGCCAAUGACCAUCUCUCAAAAUCUCUGUUUUUAGUUGUGAUUGGAAGCAAUGACAUAUUCGACUAUAUUAAAAAAACCAAACUCCAAAAUGAAUACACACCGCAGCAGUACGCGGAUUUGAUGGUGUCGAAUCUAAAGGAACAAUUACAGAGAAUACAUGCUCUAGGCGCGCAAAAAUUUGUAGUCAUCGGGACUGGGCCGGUUGGAUGCUGUCCGUCGCAAAGGAAUUCAAGUACAGGAGAGUGCAAUGAUGGUGCAAACUCGUUGUCUGUCAUGUACAAGGAAGCCCUUAAGUCCAUGUUGCAGCAAUUGAAACCCGCGUUGGGCAUAAGCUACACCCUCUUUGACACUUACACUAUCUUGACUAACAUCAUUCAAAACCCCGCUUCUUACGGAUUUACAGAGGUUAAAGCUGCAUGCUGUGGGAUUGGGAAGCGUAAUGCCAAGGGUCCAUGCACACCAAUUUCAUCUUUGUGCUCCAACAGGAGGGACCAUGUCUUCUGGGAUUUUUACCAUCCUACACAGGCAACUCAUGGCAUCAUAACGGAUAAACUUUUCGAUGGCCCUUCAGAAUACUCAUCCCCAAUGACUGUGAAGGAGUUAAUUGCUCUAUAAAAACUCGGCUGCUCGAUAUAAUAGUCACCGUGUAACUAGAAUGUCUAAUAGUGUAUAGAUUGGCCUUCUUAGGAGGUUAUACUUGGGCUAAAUUCGUGUGUAUUAAAGCGUGAAUCAAUGA